UGGGGCUCCCCGCUCGCUCCUCCCAUGUGUUGUGGGGCUGGAGGCAGCUCUGACCCCUCCCAGGGAGGGAGCUGGGCAGAGGCAGCCGAGUCCUUUCAGCAGAGCCUGACCAGGGACCUCAUCCUGCCCAACCCCAUCCCUCCCGCUCCCACAGCAGCCGGGAUCUCUCCGGGCGGCUUCGCUGACCCCCGCGGGCUCUGUCCUGUCCAGCUCGCCCCGCCAAGGGACAGAGAUGGUGGCCACCUGCCUGCACCUGGCUGGAUUUGUCUGCAGCUUCAUAGGGUGGAUCGGGGUGGUUGUGGCGACGGCCACCAACGACUGGGUGGUGACCUGCGGCUACACCAUCACCACCUGCAGGAAGAUGGACGAGCUGGGAUCCAAGGGGCUGUGGGCAGACUGUGUCAUGGCAACAGGUCUCUAUCACUGCAAGCCCCUCGUGGACAUCCUCAUACUGCCAGGGUAUGUCCAAGCGUGUCGAGCGCUGAUGAUCGCCGCCUCCGUGCUGGGCCUUCCCGCCAUCUUCCUGCUGAUAACGGUCCUGCCCUGCAUCCGGAUGGGCCACGAGCCCGGAGCAGCCAAGUACCGGCGCUCCCAGCUGGGAGGGAUCCUCAUCAUCCUCCUGGCCAUGUGCGGCGUCGUCGCGACCAUCUGGUUCCCGGUGUGCGCCCACCGCGAGACCACCAUCAUGAGCUUCGGCUACUCCCUGUACACGGGCUGGAUCGGCUCUGCCCUCUGCCUCUUCGGUGGCUGCGUCAUCGUCUGCUGCUCGGGGGAUGCCCAGACGUUCGGUGAGAACCGCUUCUACUACGGCUCGGGGUCCAGCUCCCCCACCCACGCCAAGAGCGCCCACGUGUAACCGCCCCGGGGACGCCCCACGGCUGCUGUCGGAUGCUUUGGCUGGUCUCGGCUCUGGCACAGUUGGGGAGAGAGGAUAGGGAGGAAGGCUGUCCUCUCCCACCGGGCGAAUGUUUCUCUUUUGGAACAAGAGGAGGGGACUUUUCUGCCUUUCUCUGUAAAUACUUUUGUACGAGUUUCAUCAUUUUAGUAACAGUAUUUCCCCCACCCCCACAGUCAUCAGUAUGAAGGAAACCGAACCCAAAGGUCCUAAUGACGCGGUAGAUAACAGUGCCUCUUCAAAUAGUUAUAAAUGACUUUGGGGGCUCUUAUCCCCACCCUCUGGUUCAGUUUCUUCUCUUCCUUUUGUACAGAUCAGUUACUAAAAAUGUAUUUUUACAUUUUUUUUAAAAAACUUCCUUGCUUUCUUCCUCUAAGUUUGUGUUCUGUCUUGCCUCGUUAAAGCACCACAUUUUAACACGCAGUAUAAUGUACCUGUUACAAUACAAUUCUGGUGAGUACUGAUGAUGCCUUUGUACUUUCAGUGAAAUACUGUACAAUAAAUAACAGAGUACCUGCAA